UCACGUGAACGAUGGCAACAAAAAUGGCGAAGGCUACUACGUGACCCAGUUUGUCUCAGUUUUGUGGCUGUCUUGGUCGGUUCUCUCGGGCUUCUCUUCCCGAGCCGACAAGAUGAACAUUUCCUUCUCAGGAUGUGGUUUUCUGGGGAUGUACCAUGUUGGGGUGGCGUCCUGCAUCAUGCAGCACGCGCCCAAUCUCCAGCUGCUGAAGUUGGGAGGAGCCUCCGCCGGGGCGAUGAGUGCCGCUAUGCUGCUGUUUGGGUGCGAUCUCAGAGAGUGUACAGACGCAGUGCUCAGACUGGCCACACAGGCCAGGAAACGUAGUCUCGGCCCGCUACACCCCAGCUUCCGCCUGGUAAAAACACUCCGGGAUGGCAUGCGGCGCAUCUUCCCUCCCAACGCUCACGAGAUCGCGUCCGGGAGACUCUGUCUGUCGGUCACCAGGGUGUGUGAUGGACAGAACGUCAUCCUGGACCAGUUUGACACCAGGGAAGAAUUGAUCCAGGCCUUGAUUUGUUCAGCUUUUGUACCUGUGUACUGUGGGCUGGUACCUCCCAUGUUUAAGGGAACGAGAUAUGUGGAUGGAGGCCUGAGUGACAACUGUCCACAUCUUGGCAAGAACACCAUCACAGUGUCACCCUUCUCAGGAGAGGCAGAUAUCUGCCCAAUGGACAAACUCUCCAAUAAUUUAUUGAACUUCUCCAUGACCAACACCAGUAUCCAGUUCACCACCACCAACAUGUGGCGCAUGUCCAUCGCGUUUUUCCCUCCAGAACCCAAGGUUCUACAGGAAAUCUGCCGACAGGGCUUCAACGACGCCCUCCGUUUUCUUCGCGAAAAUGAUCUGAUAGGCUGCAUGAGGCAUGUCAGCAGUGUCAGGUCUAUGAGCGAAGCCUUCAACCACUACCCUGCCAGGUCAACCAGUGAAUGUAGCAGUGAAAGUAACACGGAAGUGGUCUUUGAUGAGAUCUGCAGUGAAACUAGAGAAGAAACCUCAGCAGAGGAGAAGGAGGAGUGUUCAGAAUGCAAGUCGGAAAUCCACCAUGCUAACAAGGAGACACUUCCGACUAAGGUUUUAGAUGUUUUUCAGGAGGCCAAUAGAAAGGGUUUACUCCACAGUAUCCUGAACAGCUACACAGCCAGUUUUCUGUCCCUGCUUACUCUGCCUUAUAUCCUACCAUUUGAAACAGCCUUCAACUACACAAUAAGGUUUGCCGAGUGGGCACCUGAAGAGACGGCCUACUACCUGAAGAAGCUGUUGAAUCACCUGGAGUCACAGGUGAAGGGCAGGGUGAUGGAGUGGGGGUCAAAGUCCGCCUACAGUCAGCAACUCAAGGACUGCAGACUGAUAGCCUUACUGCAGAAACUCCUGGACGAACUGCAGAGAAGAGGGCUCAUUUCAAGAAGAGGGCUGGCUGCUACAGACUCCACAGUACCUUGGGACAACAUGGCCGAACCUUCUCCUUCAUCUGUAGAAUGUCCUGAAGACAUUUUCGUCGUGCCAAGUGACAACCCGACACUUAGACACAUGCCUCACUUUUACCUGGAUGACGUGCUAGACUGCACCGAAACGUGGUCCUAUACAGAUGACAUAGACUCUCUCCUGGGUUAUGUAGACACACAGGACUACAUAUUACUCAGGAUGGACUGGGUAGAUGCCAUGGUUGCAUCUCAUUAUAGCAAGAUGAUGGACAGCAACAAUGAUGACGACAAAGACAUCUCAGUGUCAGAGGACGAGGGCAUUGAAAGUCUUACAGGGUCUUUAGAAAUGUCCUUCAGUGCCAAACUGUAAAUUGAAACAGUGAAAUAGGAAUUCCUGGCUCACAAUACUCUUCAGACAAUCUAUGUACAUGCUCACUGUUGUAUGCAAUUGUAACUAAUGAGUAUAUACAAUGAAAAAUUUAAGUAAAGUUGUCUUAGUUUUAGCUUUGUUAAAUGUGUAAAAAUAGAACUGAUUUUUUGUACAUGAUACAUAUCUUCUCAAAUUAAAUAUCUAACUUUUGCCGACAAAAUGAUAGAAAUGUGAAGUAUGCUUUCUGGGCAAUGUAUCAAUGUUUCGUGAAUACAUAUUUCUAAUUUCACCACAGAUAUGGCAAAAUUUAUAAGAAAUGAUUUUAAUCAAGUUUUUCUGAAGAAAAAUUAUAUAGAUCAGGAUUCUGUGAUCCUACCUUAAUCUCAACUCUCUUGUCUGUAGUUUACAAAAAGGUGUGGUUGUUUAUUUGUUUUUUCUAAUUCACUGCUACCAAAGAACAGACGGGUGCCUUAAUGCUUAUUCAGUAACAAUCUUAACCUUCGGCCUGCUGAGGUAGCCAUGUGGCACCAAAUUUAUUUUGGCUAUGGGGUUAUCCAACAGGGAACAGGUUAAGUACUAUAUGGUGGACCAGUAGUGACUAAAGAUGUGGACCAGUGUAGACCAACAGCAAAGUUAGUUAAAUUGGUUACCAGUAUAUUUAUGUACAUGUACACAUGUAUAUGCUAGACAUGUGCAAAAGCUUAUUUACCUCAUGUGUCAACACUGUUGUGCAACUGACAAACAAACAUGUUAUUCCUUAACUCUUUUGUUAAUGUUUUAAGAAAGUUUUACCAAUGGAGUAUCUAGGUAAUAUGUGGACCAUUACAUAAACACUUACAUGUACAUAUGGAAAUAUCCAUGAAAUAGCAAUCACUUUUUUGAAAUUCACAAUGUAAAAUUUAUAUUGUGAAUCUGUGCAAAUUAAUAGGGCAGACUUCCAAGUAAAAAAUGCCCCUUAUACAUGUACAUGCAGCUCACAGAAUGUGUGUUGGUGAUAUGCAAUCAAUCAUAGCAAAAUUGUAGGUAAAAAAAGGAUAUAGCAAUGCUUUAGUAAAUAAAUAUAAUUUAAAAACCUGUUUCUUUCUGGCUUAUUGAAGUAUUUUAAUCACAUUUGCUCAAAGUUUGCAUGUUCAAAAACAUGUAU